AUGAAAAAGAAUAAACAAAGUGAGUUGCAAGAAUGCGGUAUUUGUGGUAAAAGUUUUCGUUGGAUAGGACAUCUCAGAAACCACCAACUUACGCACACCGGAGAGCAACCACAUAAGUGUGAAAUUUGUGGCAAGGGAUUUACACGGAAAAAUGACUUGGGACGCCAUUUGCGAUUGCACUUUCCGAAUGAGACACAAAAGCACCGGAAAAUAGUUAAACAAAGUAAGUUGCAGGAAUGCGGUAUUUGUGGUAAAAGUUUUAGUUGGAUUAGUCAUCUCAGAAACCACCAAACGAAACACACUGGAAAACGACCACAUAAGUGCGAAAUUUGUGGCAAAGGAUUUACACAAAAUAGUUAUUUAAGAGCCCACCUGAGAUUUCACUUUUUCGAUCAGCCACAAAAUCAACAAAAAUGUGGAGUUUGCGGGAAAGUACUCAGCGAUGUGCAGAAUAAGACUAUUCACAUGAAGCAACAUACAGGAGAAAGACAAUAUAAAUGUGAAAAAUGUGGAAAAGGCAUUUCUGAUAUUGGUAAAAAGAAUCUAACGGCAAAGAUGUUUGUGUGUGAAAUCUGUGGGCGAUCAUGUGGAUGCAAGGCUUACCUUACUCAUCAUAUACUCACACAUACAAAGAAGAAAAUGUUUGAAUGUACUAUUUGCGAUAAGUUAUUCGCACGCAAAUAUAAUUUAAAGAUUCAUAUGAGAAGACAUACUAAUGAAUAUCAAUUUAAAUGUGAAAUAUGUGGCGUCAUCAAGGUGCAACAAUGGGAACUGAAUAUCCAUAUGCGUACACACACAGGUGAAAACCCGUUUAUCUGUGAAUUGUGUGGGAAGGCAUUUAGUCAGAACAGUUAUCGAAAUAUUCACAUGCAAACACAUUCAAACGAAAAGCCGUAUGCAUGUCAGAUAUGCGGGAAGAGAUUUGCCGUAAAAAGAUAUGUCAAGAGACACAUGGGACGGACUCAUUCGAAAUUCAAAAAUAUCUCAAUUACAGACAAAGUUGGGCAGGAACAAACUGAUCACGUAUAUUCAGAGACCAGCGUUAUGUCUUACAAGAUCGAUCAAAACAAAAAAAUAUCACCGAAUAAAGCACGAACACUUCAAGGAAGAGUUGUACACAGAAUUAGAUGACGAAUAACUUUAUAACCUGCCCAGACUGAUAGAAACAUGCUCUUAUCGUUGAUUCAUAUAUGCCACAUCCCAUGUGGCCGAUGCGUGCAAAAGUAUUUCGGUUUACUCGGGAACAGUAGUUUUUGCUAUACAACUGAGGUAAUCGUGUGGAAGAGAUUUGAUGGUUUCCUCCUGGUUAGUGUAGUGAUGCAGCCCCCAUCCCUAUAUUUGGAAUGUUGAACAGCAAAGUAUUACCGAACUCAACUUGUAAAUCUUGUAGACUGUAGUGUCUUAUUGACUUGGAAAUGUAACUAAAUUGAAACAAUUUUUCAAUUGUGUGUGUUAAGCAUGUAUUUUAGCAUCACGAUGACCUCACAACAUUGUCAAUUGAACCAACAUUGAUUGGGAUGUCGGCCGGCCAAUAUUAAAGCUCUUUUUUAUUCACUAGUAAUUAUUACUCAACAGUGGAUAUGGUAGUUUAGUUUUUAUAUUUCGGGUAGACUUGUGAGUUCACAUCGGCGUAGAUGUUAAUCCUUUCCAUGCGAUUUUUAUUUUUUAUUAAAUAAUCGUAUUUGCUACGCCGAUUUUAUGCAUUUGUACCCCCACAACUAAUCGAUCGACUAACGAAAAACUAAUGAUCC